UCGUGUACACUGUACACAGUACGAGCUUGACGUACUUUCAUUUCAAUACUCCACCAAAACAUUUAUUAUUUUCAUUAAGUCUAAUUUAUGUGUGAUGAAGAUCGUUAAACGUGUGAUAAUACGACGUAUUUGGUAUUGUUUGAUCAGUUGUCGUCGUUAAAAUGAUUGAAAACGAGUAAAAUUUGUUGGAAGAUAUUAAUUGAUUGAAAGUACAACACAGUGCGUAUUGGUUCUAAUACACUUGGUCAGGCUGACAUACUGAUAAAAUCGGUGGCUCGAUUACUUAAAUGUUCCUUCCCGCGAAAACAUCCACAAAAUAAUGCUGUGUUGAAAGGUCAAUCUAAUGGACCGGAUCAUUUUAAAUUUCCGAUGGCUAAUUGUGGUCGCUCGUACUUCAUCAAGGCUGCGCUGCUGGCCGGCACAUUGCUGGUGCUGUUAAAUCUGUACAAUUACCGGCUCGAAUCAAAUACAACACCAGCAUCAAUGUCAUCAGCACAUGGAAGUUUCGCACAGCAAUGGCCGAAACGAACACGAUCAAGUUUCUCAAUUUCACAUUUCACUCAUCGGUCGACGACAAACAGCAGUCAUUCGACCGACAACACCACUAAUGUCGCACAUAGCAGCGACAGUGCAACAUUCUCUACAACCAAUACUUCCAAUCUAAACGAUGCAAAAAACAAAGUGAUAUUAGAGAGCGAUAUCUCAUUAGUUAAGUUGAAUAGUUCUAAGUCAAAUGAAUCACUUGAAAUGUCCGCCAUGACUUCGAGAGCAAGCACUGACAAUUUGGAUAGUGUCGACAAUUCGACAAAGUCUCAGUUCGUGCAGAAGAUAAUGUCAACGCUUGGUCUGAACCACUGUCCUCCAAUUCCACCAGAUUUAGUUGGAAGCAUCGAAGUGAACACAACACUCGAAAAUAUGAAAAUUAUUGAAUCUCGCUUCAUUCGAAAAUUGCUGCCUGGUGGCUGGUACAAACCGAAGGAGUGUAAAGCAAAGGAUCGCGUUGCAAUCAUAAUUCCGUACCGCGAUCGACCUCAACAUCUGCCCAUUUUUCUCGCCAACAUUCAUCCGUUCCUGAUGAAACAGCAGAUCGAAUAUGGAAUAUUUUUGAUUGAACAGGUCAGCGAUGGCGGACUGUUCAAUCGGGCAGCUUUGAUGAAUGUUGGUUUCGUCGAAGCACAAAAACUGGCCGACUGGGAUUGCUUCAUAUUCCAUGACAUUGAUUUACUUCCGAUGGACGAUAGGAAUUUAUAUAAUUGCCCCGAUCAGCCGAGGCACAUGUCGGUGGCCGUGGACACCAUGGGAUUUAAAUUGCCAUACAGUUCCAUUUUCGGUGGUGUCUCGGCUAUGACAAAGAAACAGUUCCAAAAAGUGAACGGAUUCUCCAAUGGGUUUUGGGGCUGGGGUGGUGAAGAUGAUGAUAUGAGUAAUCGAUUGAAGCAUGUGGGUUUCCACAUUGCACGGUAUCCAAUAAAUAUCGCAAGGUAUACGAUGCUGAACCAUCGGAAGGAGAAGGCGAAUCCUAAGAGAUACGAGAAGUUGGUAACCGGAGCCAAAAAAUACGACGUGGAAGGUUUAAAUUCACUCGAAUAUAAAAUCCACUACUUAGAAAAGAAGAUUCUUUACACAUGGGUGCUUGUCGAAAUUAAGCAGGAUUCGGGCAGCUGAUGAAAGUUUCCUCUUUCGUUUUUGUUUGACUGAAAGUGAUGGAUUCGCCUGCGUCAAACGAAAAUGGAAUCCGACAGAAUGGUAAAAUUGCAAAGCCAAAAAUUGGUUUUAGUCACAAUCGUUCUGUUUGUUAAAUUAAUUGUGAUUUUGUGUGUGAGAAGACAAAAAACAAAAACAGCAAAACCGUGGCCUAAGUGCGUGGCAUUUUCUAGUUAAAUUAUAAUUUCAACGGCACGUUGAAAUGUGACAGCAAAAAAAGAGAGAAAAACAUUCAAAACUCAAAUUCCUAUUUUAGAUAUUUCAAGCAACAAUAAUUAGCAGAAAAAAUCCCUUGCAAAUGGGGGACAACAAGCAACCAACAACAAUAAAAUAAUAAGAAAAUUGAUAGAAAACAGUCAUAACGUAACAACCAUUAGAGAAAUAAAAUCAGUUUA